AUGGAAAGCCCAAAAAACGUGCCACAACGAACGUUCAAGGCUGCGCAUGACUCGUUCCGUUUGCGUAUGCUUCAAGAACAACACGGAUUUGAGCCGGUGUUCAUGACAAAGAAACGUACACGAGACAACAAAUCUGUUAUGAGCGAAUUCAAAGGAGGAGAUCUGAACAAGUACACCGCAAAAACCUAUGCUGUUCAGAAUGGAAACGAAGUCUUUGGAGGUAAGCAAUUAAAUGCCUUGUUUAGAUAG